CAUGAAUUUAGCCGACUCGUUGUCGGCAAAAUGGCCGAGGUAGGUCAGAGGCUGGCCACCGGGGUUUACCGGGUUUCCGCUCUCAGAAACACCCGGAAUCGACCGGUGGUCACCGGAGAAGGUCCCGGAUCUCUGUUGGUUAACCGCACUUUCUGUGACAGUCGACCAGAAGACGAAGUUCAGCCAAGAACCAAAGCGACACAAUGCAAAACAGAGAACCUUUCCAGAGUGAGGAGAAGUGAAAGUAAACGGGAAAAUGCGACUUUACUUUGCUCCACUUCUUUGGAGCUGGACUCAUCCCGUUUUAUCAAAGAGACCCUGCAAGCUCCCCCGACGGCCUGGUGCGUCUCUGCAAGACUGCGCCCUGUCCUCCAGGAGAAGCUGCUGCCUGGCCCCAUGACCCCCUGGACCAGAGGAGGUGUCUCCAUCCACCCCGACGCCUUCAGGUGCCCCCAGCAGCUGCGAGCUUUCUGCACUGUCGUCUUCAUCCUGGCCGAGCGCGGCUCAGAGAGCCGGAAGCGUCUGAAACGGCGCCCUAACACCCUGCAAGCCUCCAGUCGAGGCUACAGCUGGAGGAGGGACAGCGGCUCAAAGCAGCCCCCUCUGCUGCACAGGAGCAGGACGUCCUAUUACGACACCCUCAAGGUGUCCCCCGGUGCCACGCAGUCCCAGAUAAAGACAGCCUAUUACAAGCAGUCCUUUGUCUACCACCCCGACAAGAACCCGGGUGACGAGGAGGCCAACCGGCGCUUCUCUGAGAUCAGCGAGGCCUACACGGUGCUGGGCAGCAUCAGCCUGAGGAGGAAGUACGACCGGGGCCUCCUGAGCGGGUCGGACGUUCAGGGCGCAGGGAGACCGUCCUCCAAGGAGGCCGCGGGCCGACCCGCAGGCCCCCCCCAGCAGCAGCAGCAGCAUCUCCACAGAGCCAGGCGCUUCUCCCAAGCGGGGGGGAAGGCCAUGUUCGAUUUUGACGCCUUUUACCGGGCUCACUACGGGGAGCAGCUGCAGAGGGAGAGGGACAUGAAAGCCAGGAGGCAGCGCGUGCAGGAGCAGCAGGAGGAGUCCCUUAAAAGGUGGAGGCAGGGGAAAAUGAUGGAGAUGACCGCAGCGAUGCUGCUGGCCAUGGCCGGCCUUCUCAUCGUGAAUCUCAGCAAUUCCUGAUGGAGAAGCUGUAACCUGGUGUGCAUGUGGAGAUGGAGAUGGAAGUGGUGCCAUCAUCUCAGACUGUUUUUUUUUUUUUUUUUUUGUGAGUUGCAGGAGUAAACAGACAUCAAAUAACUGUGUCUGGUCUCUUAAAGGCCUCCGAUAGGUUUGUUAUUCAUAAACUGUGUCUACUCACAAGCUGAUUGAAUUGAGACAGCAACUGAAUGCGAUCCAACACACUCACCUAGAAAGGCAUUAUUGAUCAAAACGGUAAUCUGAAAACCUCACAGCAGGUUACGGAUUUACUUAGUUUGACCGUGUAAGUCCCAAGAAUCCAAAAUGCCCCAUGUAUAUUUAGUUUAUUACAUAAUCACAAUCUUGUAAAAGUUGAUACUUUCGCAGGUGUUUUAAUGUGAACAAACACGAUUUAAAACAGACCUGCAAGUUCAGUUCUUUUCUUCUAUCAACAACCAAUUGUGAAAUGAUGUGUUCCAGUUAUUUGUAGUGACAAAUAGCCAAACAAGCCAAUUUCUUUUCAUCCACGUGAGCAAUGCUCAAAUCCUGUGACUUAUACACUUCAGCUAUGCAGAUAAUGACUUGAAAGUAUGCGAUUACAAGAUUAUUAGGAAGGUAAUGCACAUUUCUGUGCCUUCUUCUAGACGCUGAUGCGUUUGUACUGUAAAUACACAAUGCCACAUUAUGGUGACUUGGAUGUGAGGGAAACUGUAAAAAAAGUUUGUAAAAAUUGUUUUAUUUCUGAAUAUUUAUAGUAAAUUAGCUGUGGCCAUUA